AUGGCGGCGAGGGCGCUGCUCUUGCUCCUGCCGCUGCUUUCUCUGAGCCCCGCGCAAUGCGCCGACGUGCUGCAGCUGCGCACACUUGCACCCUCCACCUCGCAGCAGUUCCGCGUCACCGCGGCGUCCUUCGGCGCCGCUCUGCCGCGCGUGUCGUGGCCGUCGUCCUCGUACUCGCGCGCCUCGGGGCAUCUCGUGGUUAAUGAAGCUUCCGCCACGCCGGACCAGUCGCUGAGGCUGGUGCAGGCCCAGAUGACGGCCGACUGCGCGCGCGUCAAGCCCGCGGACGACGACGUGGUCGCUCUACCGAAGAGCGCGGCGUUGCUGCUCACGCGCAGCGUCACGUGCUCGGUGGAGCAGCAGGCUGCAGCGGCGGAGGCGGCGGACGCCUCAUUGGUCAUCAUUAGAGACUCGAUCGCUGGUGCAUUCGCUGCUACAAGUCUGGAGCUGCGGGACGGCGCGUACUACGACUGCGCCCUUGGGGAGGAGACGGUCACGACCAACAGCUCCCUGUUCCCGGAGCUGGCAGACCCGUUCUCGGCCUGGACGUGCUCGUCCAAGCCGGCCUGUGUUACUAGCACCUGUGUGCUGACGGGCAAGAUGGAUGCCAUUGCGGCGGACCAUUUCCAAGCGUGCUGCUUUACCAGCAACUGGCUGCAGAUGCAGCCGCAGAAAGACGCGGAGGUGACAGAGGCGGUGGAGAAGAUGUCGAUCCCUGUACUGCUGGUUGCGUUUCAAGACGGCAAUAGGAUCGACGACGCGGCGAGUUUGAUUGGGGAUACGGACGUGCUGGUGUGGGCGUUCAACACGGAGGAAUCGCCCUGGAACGUGUCGAUGGCGUUCACGUGGCUGUUUGGCGUGCUGACAGUCAUGGGCGCGGCCUAUUAUUCCUGCAGUGAGGAGAGGAAGCUGUCGUACGAGAAGGUGGCUCGUAUUCUGGCUGGGAGAAAUGAUCGCAGCCCGUCCAGUAGCUCGAUCUCCACGACUGUAGAGUCGACAGCAGCAGCGAACGAGUACGUGAGCAUGGAGGAUGACAGACUGGAGCUCAGCAGCAAACACGCUAUUUACUUCCUGGUGGGGGCGUCUUGCGUGCUGGUGCUGCUGUACUACGUGCACCUGGCUCUCAUGCUCAGCGUAAUGUUUGCGGUCGGCGCAAGUGCAGCGCUGGCACACGUAUUCACGUUACCGCUUGUGGCGCGGAUGGCGUCUCCGAGCAGUAGCAACGUCCAAGCUGCUCUGCUGUUGCUUGUGACGCUGUCAGCUCCAGCAUUGGGUUUGUAUUGGUUCCUGGCACGUACUCAGCCGUGGGUUUGGCCGAUCCAGGAUUUAAUGGCGCUGACCGUCUGCGUCGUCUUCGUCGACGUCGUGCGAUUGCCGAAUCUCCGUGUAGCCACGAGCUUGCUCACUGCAGCGUUUAUCUACGACGUGUUUUUCGUCUACUUCUCCCCGAUGAUCUUCGGCUCCAACGUUAUGGUGGAUGUGGCGUCUGGGGGUGGGAGUACGCAACUAGAGAGCGAACCUGGAGCUGGCCCCGCUGAUGGGAGUGAGGUCACCAUUCAACCGACACCCAUGGUGUUGAGUGUUCCGUUGGCGUUCUCGCCACUCUCGCGCGGGUACUUUUGUGCAGCCACAAGCGCCUACGCAGCUGGUUUGAUGGUCGCAAACAUUAUGGCUAUCGAGCUUCGGCAUGUCGUUGCGGGACAGCCAGCUCUGAUGUACGUAGUCCCAACUAUGCUGGUCACCGUGUUGACCCUUGCCAAGCUUAAUGGCGAGCUCGGGAUCAUGUGGGAUGAUCCGAUAUGUUUCCGAGGAGCCAGUCGAUGCCACGCCACGGCGGUCGAAGCAGCAGAACUGGAGGCUCAGCGACAAGAAGAGCAACGACCGCUUCUUGCAGACGAGUUAUAG